ACUAAAUGUCGCCUCGUUUUCCAAUCAAAGAAUUUAUCCCAUCAGACCCAACUGAUAAACAUCAACAAAAUUGACUUAAAAAUUGGAUCUUUAUAAUCUCUGCAACACUUUUGCCCAUUAUAAAUAUUCAAAUUCCACACAUUUCAACGAUAACCUCAAUCUCCAUCCGCCAUUGAUUUCAUACAACCAUGCCUGCAGCAGCACUCGCAGUGGCUCAGCCCGCCGUCGAGUUCGAAGCCAAGAUCACUCCGGUGGUUAUCGUUUCAUGUUUAAUGGCCGCCACCGGCGGCCUUAUGUUCGGUUACGACAUUGGGGUUUCGGGGGGAGUGACGUCGAUGCCUUCGUUCUUGAAGGAGUUCUUUCCGACAGUGUACGACAGGACCCAAGUACACAAAGGGGGCGACAGCAACUACUGUAAAUACGACAAUCAAGGCUUACAGCUCUUCACCUCUUCUCUCUAUCUCGCUGCGUUAACAGCCACGUUUUUCGCUUCUUACACGACCAGAGUUCUCGGUCGGAAAAAGACCAUGCUCAUCGCCGGGAUUUUCUUCAUUGUCGGCACGGUUUUAAAUGCCUCGGCCGUUAGCCUUCUCAUGCUUAUUAUUGGAAGAAUUGCUCUGGGCUGUGGAGUUGGAUUUGCCAACCAGGCCGUGCCGUUGUUUCUGUCGGAGAUAGCGCCGACGAGGAUUCGUGGAGCUUUGAAUAUACUGUUCCAAUUUGAUGUCACUGUCGGCAUUCUAUUAGCAAACCUCAUCAAUUAUGGAACAUCCAAGAUUGAAGGGGGAUGGGGAUGGCGGCUAUCAUUGGCACUGGCCGGCGUCCCGGCGGUGUUGCUGACUUCUGGAGCAAUCUUGGUGGAUGAUACUCCAAAUAGUUUGAUCGAACGUGGGUAUUUGGAAAAAGGGAAAUCAGUGCUGAAAAAAAUAAGAGGGACGGACAACGUUGAAGCAGAGUACUUGGAAAUCGUGGAGGCAAGCCGCAUUUCUCAGGAAGUGAAGCAUCCCUUCAGGAACCUGUUCAUGCGCCAGAAUCGCCCGCCGUUGGUGAUUGCCAUAAUGAUGCAGAUUUUCCAGCAACUCACCGGAAUCAACGCCAUAAUGUUCUAUGCACCAGUUCUGUUCAACACGUUGGGGUUCGGCAACGAUGCGUCUCUGUAUUCCUCUGUUAUAACAGGGGCCGUCAAUGUCCUGUCUACGUUGGUGUCCAUUUAUUCAGUGGACAAAGUGGGGCGAAGAAUUUUGUUAUUAGAAGCUGGGUUUCAAAUGUUGGUGUCUCAAACGAUUGUCGGAGUGGUGUUGGGGCUUAAACUCCAAGACAACGCCAACCACCUCUCGCAUGGAAUGGCGAUCGUGGUGGUGCUAAUGGUGUGCAGUUUCGUGUCGUCUUUCGCGUGGUCUUGGGGGCCGCUUGGAUGGUUGAUUCCCAGCGAGACUUUUCCAUUGGAGACACGAUCGGCUGGGCAGAGCAUGACGGUUUGUGUGAAUAUGAUAUUUACUUUUGUGAUCGCGCAGUCUUUUCUGUCGAUGUUGUGCCAUUUGAAGUAUGGGAUCUUCUUGUUCUUUUCUGGUUGGGUGUUGGUGAUGUCGCUGUUCGUGAUGUUCUUGCUGCCGGAGACAAAGGGUGUUCCGAUUGAGGAGAUGACAGAGAAAGUGUGGAAGCAGCAUUGGUUUUGGAAGAGGUUUAUCAGCGAUGGGGCUGUGGAGAUUAAGGAUUCAGUAUAGGCGUUCAUAAACAGAGGAUAGUAAUUUUCUUUUUGUUGUAGCACUAUGUUGUUGUGUUCCUACUCAUAUUUGUAGGCUCAUUUUUAAUUUGUGUUAAGUGUCAAAAAAAAAA